ACGGGCCUGCGCGGCGUGCUCCGCUUGCGCCACUGUCAGGAGGACUUUUUGGUUCCGGCUCUUGUCAGCGUCUUGAGCUGUGGAGGACGUGUUCGGUAGGCCAAGAUGUUAGAAGCUAAUGUCGCUGAGGAUGAAGAGGAGGAGCAAGCGGAGGAAGACUGUCCUGAAUUGGUUCCCAUUGAGACGAAGCGCAGAGAGGAGGAGGAGGAAAACUCUGUCCCCGGCGCUAAGAUCCCAGUCACAAUUAUCACCGGGUAUUUAGGUGCUGGGAAGACAACGCUGCUUAACUAUAUUUUGACAGAGCAACAUAGUAAACGAGUAGCUGUUAUUUUGAAUGAAUUUGGGGAAGGAAAUGCAGUGGAGAAACCCUUAGCCGUCAGCCAAGGUGGAGAGCUCUAUGAGGAGUGGCUGGAGCUUGGAAACGGCUGCCUGUGCUGUUCAGUGAAGGACAGUGGCCUUAGAGCUAUUGAGAAUUUGAUGCAGAAAAAGGGGAAAUUUGAUUACAUAUUGCUUGAAACCACUGGAUUAGCAGAUCCUGGGGCUGUGGCAUCUAUGUUUUGGGUUGAUGCUGAAUUAGGGAGUGAUAUUUAUCUUGAUGGUAUCAUAACUGUUGUGGAUUCAAAAUACGGAUUAAAACAUUUAGCAGAAGAAAAAGCUGAUGGCCUUAUCAAUGAAGCUACUAGGCAGGUUGCUUUGGCAGAUCUCAUCAUCAUCAAUAAGACAGACUUGGUUCCAGAAGAGGAUUUAAACCAAUUAAGGACAGCUAUUAGAUCAAUAAAUGGACUAGGGAAAAUUUUAGAAACACAAAGAUCAAGAGUUGACCUUUCUAAUGUGUUAGAUCUUCAUGCCUUUGACAGUCUCUCGGGAAUAAGUUUGCAGGAAAAACUUCAACAGAUGUCAGCAGCCCAGCCUCACCUGGAUCAGAAUAUUGUUACAGUCACAUUUGAAAUACCAGGAAAUGCAAAGGAAGAAAGCCUAAAUGUAUUUAUCCAGAAUCUGCUGUGGGAAAAGAAUGUGAGGAACAAGGAUGGUCACUGCAUGGAGGUCAUCCGACUAAAGGGGCUAGUGUCCAUCAAAGAUAAACCACAACAAGUGAUCGUCCAGGGUGUGCAUGAACUCUAUGACCUGGAGGAGACCCCUGUGAGCUGGGAGAGUGACACCGAGAGGACAAACAGACUGGUCUUUAUCGGCAAGAAUUUAGAUAAGGACAUCCUUAAACAACUGUUUAUGGCAACGGUGACAGAAACAGAAAAGCAGUGGACAACACAUUUCAAGGAAGGUCAAGUUUGUCCUUAACAGUAGAAGCUUUUCUUAUCAGAAGGAUUAGAUGAUAAAAAACAGGAAUGUAUUUCCCAGUAGGUCUCAUUCAAGCAUCUGUUCCUUUGUAUUACUUCUGUCAUGAAUUCCAGUGUAUUAUUUUAAGUAUUUCUCUUACAAAAUACAU